UAUAAAAAUUCCCAUGAAACAAGCACCUUCUUGUUACAAUACAAAAUUAGUAGUACGGAAGGCAACAUAUAAACAAGAAUUCAGGUUUUCUACUGGAAUUUGGAAAGUACUAUAUAUUUGACCAUUUUGAGGGCCUAGAAGCAAUUAAACGUCCUAAUUUCCUGGCCUGAGAAACUCAGGCAAGGAGCCAAUUUUUCAAGCGCUAAACGGCAACCGGGCUGCUGCCGAUGCCAGAGAAGAGCUGAGCCGCUAGCAAUGGCCACAGUCGCCAAUUCUCACCUCUCAAAACGCCUGUCACCGCUAGUCCCUGAAUCCCGUUGGCUGGUCAACACCAUAACCUCAAUCCUCCAGAAAACGGAAUACCCAGAGACGGAGCUCCCCGAUAUUCUCAGCCAAUUCUCACCCCAUUUGACGCCCAAAUUAGUCAUCCAAGUUAUUAACAACCAAACAACCCCUUACCAUUCUCUUUACUUCUUCAACUGGGCUGCUAACUUAAACCCCAACCCCAGUAAUUACUUCCACACACACCAUUGCUACAUUGCCAUUGCUGACAAGCUAAUAUCCCAUAGAUUAUUUUCUUUGGCAACUAGAUUACUUGAAUCCCACGACAGAUAUUCUGAUUUUAUGGUGGGGAAAUUUAUCAAAGCUCAUGGGGAUUUAGGCCAUUUAAAUUGGGCUGUUAAGCUUUUUCAUCAUGUAAAAGAGAGAGAAUUUGGGGACUGCUUGUUUUCAUAUAAUGCAGUCUUAGGCGUUUUGGUUAAGGCUAAGAGGGUUAGCUUGGCCUGGGGAUUCUUCGGGAUGAUGAUUAAAGAGGCUGUUGUAAAGCCUGAUGUUUCCACAUAUACAACAAUGAUUAGGGGGUUUUGUCAAGUAGGCAUGAUUGAGCAUGCCGAGAAGGUGUUUGAUGAAAUGUCCCGAAUGGGGUGUGAGAGAAAUUUGUUUACUUACAAUACUAUGGUUCAUGGGUUCUGUAAGAAAGGUCUAAUGGAAAAUGCUCGAAGCAUUGUAGAUAAAAUGGUUGAGAGUAGGGUUUAUUUGCCUGAUAUGGUUACUUUUACCACAUUGAUUGAUGGGUUUUGUAGGAUAGGGAAUACAGACGAGGCCAUGAGGUGGUUUGAUGAGAUGGGGAAGAGGAAUGUCAGGCCUAAUGUGUCGACCUAUAAUGCUCUGAUCAAUGGAUUGUGUUUGAAUGGAAUGGUUGACGAGGCCAAGAAGAUGCAGACUAGGAUGAGACUUAGUGGAGUGAAGGAUAAUGUAACGACUCAAACGAGUUUGCUGAAGGGAUAUUGUGCUGCAGGGCGAUCGAAUGAGGCUAUUCAACAUUUCAGGGAGAUGGUUGGUUCUGGUUUGGAGCUUGAUCAGAAAUCAUAUGCAGUUAUUGUAAAUGAGCAUUGCAAGUUGAAAAUGCCAGAUAAGGCUAUUGCUCUAUUAAGGGAAAUGAGGGUGAAAGGCAUUAGUCCACCUAUGUAUGGUUAUAAUGCUGUACUUAGGAGUCUUGUAGAGCUGGGUGAGCUUGAUAAAGCCGUACUUCUUUUGAAACAGAUGCCACAGAUGGGUUGCCAUCCAAAUUUUUUAUCAUAUAGUGCAGUGAUUUGUGGCCUGGUAAGGGCUACAGGAAGGAUGCAAGAUGUAUGGAUGCUAGUUAACAACAUGCUUCAGGAUGGUAAUAGGCUCGAUACCACUUUAUACAAUUGCUUAAUUUGGGGAUUUUGCGAGGAUGGAAAUGUGGAAAUGGCUAUGAACUUUUUCUUGAAAAUGAUUGAUGAGAGAUAUUUGAUUAAUCUUGAAUGCUUUGAAGUGUUUGUCAAGAAACUGGUCGCUGAAGGAAAGUUAUUUGAGAUUGAAAAGCUUUUUGAGCAGAUGAGAAAAUGCUGCCCAAUGAAGGAGAUCCACAGUUAUCAAAAGGUUCUAGAUGAGGUUUUAAGGUGAAAAAGAAGCUAAGUGAUGAAGUUAUCGAGUCUGUCAAUUCUUUGCUGCAAUGUAGUGUGAAGAAUUGUUGGAACAAGGGUACUCAUACGAGACUCAUUUCUUCCUUCAAGCUCCCACUUGGAAUGUGGCUGUAAAAUAAUCUAUAGAACACCCUUCCUACCAAGGUUUCAAAUUGGCAAAUUUCUCAUCUACUCAGUAUGAACUGUGACCUGUUACUACACUCGGUACAUAACUAGGAAGCAAGAGCCUUAUUCUUGUAAGUAUAUUCCAUCAGACAUUUCCUUUUGAAUAUCUUCAGUUGCGGUAUGUGGAAGGAAUUUCAAAGUACAACGAGAAGAUCUUUGAGGGCCUCUGCCUGCAAGCAUGCUGCUGCCUAGCAUUAUAAUGGCUCCUCACCCAAGUGCUUCUGAACCAGAUGCAGCCGAAAGCCUGGAACGCAGAAAUUCUUACCUAGUAGUUUUGAGCAAGACUUGUGCUCUAAUCUGUCUUAUGCCCAAUCUAUCUGCUAUACACAAGCCAAAAAUGCUUUUCUGCACUUCAUGGAGACCUCCACGGAGAUCAAGGAGCUCUUUGCGCUCCUGGUUUCGCGACAACCUCUUCAAUCUUGGGUACAAUUAAGAAAAUGCUGAUACUGAUUGAGGGUAUUUCACCAUCCUUCACGAGUUGUUUAUCUGGUGCUGCGUUUCCAAGUGUUUUCAAUCUGCAUAGAGUGGCAAUUUUCAAGCUCUGUUCUAAAUUUGCCUGGCCUGUAACUUUUGACUGAAGUCAUUGAUUAUCCUUGUGAUAUUGCCUGGGCUCUCCUAAAUAAUUUCUGACUGAAAGAUGACAGACUACUUUCAACAGAUCCCAUAUUUUUUGAUUAAUUUUCUACAAUUUCUUGGCGACUGGCAUAAGCGAUAAUUGAGCAUGUCAA